AUGCAAACAACCCAGUUGAAUGAACGUAACGGUCAUGUAGUGAUCGUGAGCAUACCUCGAUUUGGUCAUGUCAUUCCAAUGUUAGAUCUAGCAAAGCAUUUGUCCAGUGGUUGUGAUGUAACUUUCGUCGUAUCGCAGUCGAUACUUGAUAAAAUUAAAGAGAUGGGUUUAAUUUCUCACGAGAACACGACUGAUCGGUUGGAAUUCAUUGGUUUAUUGGAUAGUCGUAAUGACGAGAGUAAAACAUCGAAACUCGAUGAUGACAUCGAUCGAAUGAAUGUGUCAUUGACAGAAUUAUUCUCUACUAUAUCUGUCACAUCAUCAUCUUCCUUAUUAUUUACUCGACCGAUCACUCGUCCAGUGCAUAUGAUCAUAUCGGAUAUUUUCAAUCCAGUACCCCUCCGUAUUGCUCAUGAACGUCAUAUACGUACUCAAAUCUUCAUGCCGUGCAAUUUUGAAAAUCUCUCUCGGUAUAUUAAAAUAUUCCUUGGUGAACUAGUGGUUCCGAUGAGCCAACUGUUUGUUGCAAAUUUCCUCGAAGCAUUUACUUUUGCUGAUGGGAUCAUCUGCAAUUCAAUCGCUCAAUUAGAAAAACAUGCAGUCGAUCGAUAUCGACAGCAAUCGGUCAUUCGUUCCGAUUUACCUAUCCAAUUUGUUGCUCCUCUUUUUCCUGAAAUAGACAACAUACAAAAGAAUGAUACAACGAUACGUGUGGAAGAAUGGUUAGAUGCACAAUGGCAGAAAUCAAACGGAUCUCCAUCGGUUAUUUACAUCGCAUUUGGCUCAAUUGUUAGUUUAACACGUGAGAAAAUUGCUGAAAUCAAUCAUAGUGUUGCUUCGCAUCCAUAUAUCUGGUCAUUAAAAAGUGAUGAUCACAAGUAUUUGUUACCAUCGACUAAUGAUGAUGUACACCUCGUUCUUGAUUGGCUACCUCAACGACUUGUUCUUUCUCAUCCUGCGGUGAAAUUGUUUAUAUCACAUGGUGGAUGGAAUAGUGUUCUUGAAAGUAUGUCCGCUGGAAAACCCAUGCUUAUCUUACCGAUGUUUGGUGAUCAAUUUCUUAAUGGACAGCGUGUGAAUUAUGAAUUCGGUACGGGACGAGUUAUUCAAGAUACGAAUUCAAAUGGUGAAAUGAAUCAAUAUCUUCAAGAAUUAUUCGAUCCAUUCGCGUCGUUCCAAGAAAAAGCUCGAGAAAUGCAAAUGAUUGUGCAGCAUGCAAGAGAACAUCCGUCGCAAGAAGAUUUAAAUGAAAUCGUUAACAUGAUCAGAAGAAAGGAAAACUAA